UUAUCUACCUCAUAUUCUACCAUGCCAUCUUUGUGUUUUUUACCUGGACCUACUGGAAGUCUAUUUUUACACUCCCUCAACAGCCAAAUCAGAAGUUUUAUUUAUCCUAUUCAGACAAGGAACGCUAUGAAAAUGAAGAGAGACCUGAGGUCCAAAAGCAGAUGCUCAUCGAUAUUGCCAAGAAGUUACCAGUUUACACAAGGACUGGAAGUGGAGCUGUAAGAUUCUGUGACCAGUGCCAUUUGAUCAAGCCAGAUCGCUGCCACCACUGCUCUGCCUGUGCUAUGUGUGUUUUAAAAAUGGACCAUCACUGCCCUUGGGUUAAUAAUUGCAUUGGAUUUUCCAACUAUAAAUUCUUCCUUCAGUUCUUAGGUUAUUCUGUUCUCUACUGCCUGUACAUUGCUACAACAGUCUUCAGCUAUUUCAUCAAAUACUGGAGAGGGGAAUUACCCAGUGUUCGCUCUAAGUUCCAUGUCCUUUUUCUCCUAUUUGUGGCCUGCAUGUUUUUUGUCAGCCUUGUGAUCCUCUUAGGUUAUCAUUGUUGGCUUGUCAGCAGAAACAAAACCACCUUAGAGGCCUUCUGUACUCCAGUGUUUAUAAGUGGUCCAAAGAAAAAUGGGUUCAACCUUGGCUUCAUCAAAAACAUCCAGCAGGUGUUUGGAGACAACAAGAAGUUCUGGUUAAUACCUAUUGGGUCCAGCCCUGGUGAUGGACACUCCUUCCCUAUGAGAUGCAUGAAUGAAUCACAGAACCCACUGCUAGCAAAUGAAGAACACUGGGGAGACAAUGAUUAUGACAACCCAGAUUAUCCAGAAGGUUCAUCAUCUCUUGCAGUGGAAACAGAAACAUAGCAAUUUUCACAUUUCCUGCAUCUCUAAGACAGGAUCCACUAUCUUCCAUGAAGCUUACAGAGUUCAAUAUUGGGAACAAUUUGAAUCUUCAAAAUAAGUCACCAUGGCGGAUUGAAAGCUUCACAAUAUAAAAGCAUUUUAUCAAAUACUUGCUGUGCAGAUAAGUAUUUAAGGACUUUACAGUAAUUUAAUUUACUGACUGACUUCAUCAAUCCCACAGCAGUUAAUUAAAUACGGUCUUUCUAUAUUUAUCCCUUUCUCCUUCCCUAAUCUGUGAAAGCCUAAAAGCAUAUAUAUCUUUCCAAAGACUCUUUUCCUUCUUCUUGUAAGAUAAAGUGGAAUUAAAAAGACUUUCAUGGAUUCUUUAACUUCCCUGAAAAGUCCAUUAAUCAUUUCUAUAAGGUCUUUGUGGUAUUGAGGGUAAUCAGACUUCAGACUACAUGUGCUAUUUGUGUGCGUGUGCAUUUACAAGCAUGCAUACGUGCAGUACAUUUAUACUCAAUUCUGCCGUGAUGCUAUGAAAAUCAAAUUUUUAAAAAUCUGAGGUUUUUAUUCAAUCAUUUUUUCCCUAGAUUACAAUUUAAAUAUAGCUGAGCUGUGAAUACCACUCCUAUAUCAGGUAUCUACAAUUCAAGAUUCAACAGACUAUGUAAUCAAAUUGAGAAUUGAACAGCAAUGUAAAUGUAAAACCUGAUUUCAGUCAUAAAUGCGUGGUGUUCCUGAAAGUAAGUUCAGAUCAGAUUUCCACUCUACUAAAUAUAAUAGUGUUUUACAGACUUUCAAUGCCAACUUGGGGUAAUAUUAUCUAAUUACGUUUAUUUUCUAUCUAGCUUUAUUUUAACCUUUAUGAGUUAUUGUCAUGAUAAAAAAAAAAAAACAAACAAACCUAUAAGCAUAAGUUAUGGACCAUAGAUUUUGUUAAGGGUUUUAAUAAUGAUUUUUAUGUUUAAUUUCAAUAAUAUUCAUCAGGAUAAAAUUUCAUAGUUGAAAUUGGCAUAAGGAUUAGCACUAAAGAUCUGUUUUCACAGCAAGGUUAGUAUACAGAUAGUGAUUAUCUAAUGUUAAGAUAACAUUCCCUUUUUGUAUUUUUUUUUCUAUUUUUGUUUCAAUGGUAAUUCUGCCUUUAAUAUAGUCUACAUCUAUUUCCCAAUUUAUGUAUAAUCAUUCUUUCUUUUAGUCCUAGUGCCUGAAUCAAUGAGUAUGGACACUAAUGCUGCUUAUUUAUAGUACUAACUAGAGGCCCAGUGCAAGAAUUCUUGCAUGGUUGGGGUCCUUCAGGGUAGCCUGUGGGGCUCAGGCCAAAACCCACAGUCCAAUGCCUCCUGUAGCUCCUACCUGCCAGGCUCUUGCUCAUCCCAGCCCCACUGUGCCUGCCACAAGCUCGCACCCAAACAGUCCCAAUUGGGAGAAGCUCACACCGCCCUGCAUCUGGUGCCCUUCUGAAGGAAGUGGCCUGCAGGGUUGGGAUGAAACCAGCUUUCCGACACCCCCUGAGGGGACCUGGAUUGGAAAUGGCACAGGCCAGGCCAAGGGACUCCACCAAUGCACAAUCAGGACUGAGAGAGGGCUCCAGGAUGUGUCCAGUCCCAUCUUGCCCAUCCUGAUCUGCUAGACCCCAGCAGCAAGCUAACCUACCAGUUGGAGUGUCUGACCCCUGGUGGACAGUGCACAUCAUAGCACUGGUCGACCAGUCAACUGUCUACCCCCCUCCACUCCCCGUGGUCAGUGUAUGUCAUAGCUA